CCGACUGUACGGAAUGUUUCCUACCAAGAACCCGGAAGUUGGUGAUGGAUUUUCAUAACAGAAAUGAAUGAAUAAGAUGCAAAAUGUUAUGUUGUCCGUAUGGAGUCAUUAGCAAGGUUGUUAUGGAAUGGUACGUGUACUUUGGGAUAUUCUGAAAGUGUACGCAAACAUGACAUGAUUGUAGGCAUCGUGUGCUGUUUUAUCAGCUAAUAUCAACGUUUGAGAGAGGUGAUGGCUCUGUAAACUUCAGCUGCUAACCUUCUUUACUCAAGACAACCAUAGCUAAGUUAGAUUAACUGCAGUGUCGACCGAAGAGGACAAUGUCUGGUCAGUAGAAACGGCACAGAUUAAACAAUAUCUGUGUAUGGGUUACCCGUGUUCAUUAUACUUUGAACUCUAUUGCUUACGAAGUUAGUUAAAUGGAGACUAAUGUACGCUUCCUACGACUGAUCUCUGGAAUAACUCAAACGAUAUGACAUUGUGUCAUUGUACAGAAGCCUAUAACUGUCUGUAAAGAUAAUACUGGAAAUUGAAUGUUUACGUUCAGGAAUGAUAAGUGUAGCGUUAGAUAUCUUCAUUUUUAGCACCAUUAUUUAAACCCAAUAAUGGCAGCUCUGACUGCAAGGCGCUGCCUUCUAAACUUGAGAUGCUCCAUCCGUCAGUUAGGGCUUUUCCCAGUAGCUCGCCAUGUCCCUCACGGAGCUCGACUUGGCGAGUCCAGAGUUGCUCCCCUGUUGACCAGAGUGCCUAAGACUGCACUGUUAUGCUGGGUCGCAGGGCGUUAUAUGUACACAGCAGCAAGCUGCCAGGAGGCCUUGCUGCCACAGCCUAAAACGGUGAAGAAGGCCAUUGCUAAAGUGCAGGUCCACAAGCUGGUGUUUGUCCUGCGCCUGACUCUGCGAGCUGUGGUUCUCCUGCUCAAAUUUGGCCCGCUGCUUCUGCUCUUCCCACUGAGUCUGGUGUCAGAGCAAUGGGCAUCCCGCUGGUUGGAUGCCUUGCUCUGGGUAACUGAGACCUCCGGACCCACUUUCAUCAAACUGGGCCAGUGGGCCAGCACGCGCCGGGAUAUCUUCUCACGGGCCUUCUGUGACCGCUUCAGCAGACUGCACGUCCAUGUCCGUCCCCACGCCUGGACACACACCAAGGUCUGCCUGAGGAGGGCCUUUGGCGAGCACUGGAGGCAGCUCUUCGUUUUCGAUAGCAAGGAGCCGGUCGGAUCGGGUUGUAUUGCGCAGGUGUACCGGGCCAAGGCCAGAGUUGAAGCUGUAGAGGACCCAGACUUCCAGCAGCUGGUGGAGGACCUGGAGAGAGAUGAUCUGCUUGAAGCCUGGGAGAUCCCCGGGCUUCGUAGGACUUUAACUUCACUGCAGGAAAUAGUAACAGGUGAAGAGGAACAAGACCAUCAAACUGGACUAGAAAAAACAAGUAAAUUUACUAGAGAAAGUCCAGGAAAAGAACAUAUGAUACCUGUUGCUAUAAAGGUACUUCAUCCAGGGAUCAGAAGACAGGUAGAGAUAGACUUGCUGCUCAUGAAGGCAGGUAGCUGGCUGCUUAAUUGCUUACCUGGAGUCAAGUGGCUUAGCUUGCCUGGAAUUGUGGAGGAGUUUGAGAAUCUCAUGACCAAACAGAUAGAUCUACGUUAUGAAGCAACGAAUAUCGAGAAGUUCCGGGAGAAUUUCCGCGAUGUGCAUUAUGUCAAGUUCCCCAUCCCCCUGAGACCAUUUGUCACAAGGACGGUGCUGGUGGAGACCUACGAGGAGAGUGAACCAAUCUCCAGGUAUCUCCAGGGAGAUGUUCCUAUGGAGGUGAAGCAGAAAAUAGCCAGGAUGGGAGUGGACACACUGCUAAAAAUGGUGUUUGUGGAUAACUUUGUCCACGGGGACCUCCACCCAGGGAACAUCCUGGUGCAGUGGAACCACAGUGGCUCGGCACAGGACAAGGCCACGCUGACCGACCUGUGGGACACGGUGGUGGUGAGCGUCCGGCCAGCCCCUCCCCCACUGCAGCUCGUGCUGCUGGAUGCUGGCAUCGUGGCACACCUCAGUGAGGGGGAUCUGAGGAACUUCCGGGCUGUGUUCACCGCAGUCGUCCUCCGGCAGGGCGAGCGCGUGGCGGAGUUGAUCCUGCACCAUGCCAGAGCCAACGAGUGCCAGGAUGUACCACGCUUCAAGCGGGAAAUGGCCCAGCUGGUGGACCAAGCCCUUAGUGACACCCUCUCUCUUGGGAAGGUCCAGGUGGCGGAGUUGCUUUCCCGUGUGUUUGGGUUGCUCAUCCAUCACAAGGUGAAGCUGGAGAGCAACUUUGCCUCCAUCGUCUUUGCCAUCAUGGUGCUGGAGGGGCUCGGCCGGUCCCUGGACCCCAACCUGGACGUCCUGGCCAUCGCCAAGCCUCUGCUGCUCAAGAACUGCGCUUCCCUCCUCUAGCAGCUGCCGCUGCCGCAUCCGCGUCCGCCGCCAACGCUUCACUUUACCAUCAUCAACACAUGACCUCAUGACCUCAUGCCACCCGGGAACAGAUCCAGCUGGGACGACUGGAGGAAAACUGUCACAAGUUAAAAGGUUAAUGAUGCACUGGGCAACUUGCUGCGCAAUGUUUAGUGGUAGAUAUCAACACGUCUUGUGUCCAGCUAAUGGCCAUUUGUCGUUGCCAGAAAUGAAUUAGUAGUGCUGGCGUCUUAUAGUGUCUGUAAUGGCGUUGCCCAGUGUGUCAUGAACCAAAAACCUACGCAGAACUGUCCGUGGGUGCUGACCGCUUCUCACUCUUAUGCCCUCCUCCGUUGGUCUGAGAAAGCCUCUUCUCAAGUGAAAUGGAACAAGCUGUGAAUUUGUAAUAUUCUCUGUGCGCUAAGAUUCCUGCCAGUGUCUGGCAUUGCAAUGGAUCCAAAAACAAACCAAUUGGACUGCAUCUCUUUUUCAUUCAGUGGAGAGUGACCAAAGCUCUUCACACCCAAUGUUCACACCUGGGUAGCCAAGCAUGGCAGUUAAUCCCCGUUGUAAUUCUCCUCAAAUUACAGUUUACAAUUCAGACUGUCUGAUGAGGUGAGGUUACAUCACUCACUCUCUGUUUCAGAGAUAAUUGGGCAUAUAAUAGCCAUAGUCCUUACGGAUGUUCUUUCCUCUAAUUCAAAGCAAUUACUCCUAAAAUUUUAGAAUUCCUUUGACUGACAAGUUAUCUCAGGUUAUGAACAGACUCCAAAGUAAUUCCAAUUGUACAGUACAGUUCUGUUACAGGCUCAGACACUAAUGAUUUGUGUAGCACAAAGGUUCACCUACUUUCAAUAAGACAUAUCCAUCAUUUUAGAUACAUAGUUCAAUGAAAUGGACUGUAAAUGAUUGAAAACAAUUAAAAAUGCCUUUGGUUUCUUGUCA